AUGACGUUCGACAAGCAGUUUGACUCUGCCACUAAGCCUGGUCCGACUCGAAAAAUUGUUGGAGCGGUCCUGAUGGCAGCUGAUGCUUCCGGUCAACUAGGCUGUGAUAUAAUCUUCCAGAAGGCUAGAGGGUUCACAUCUGUCAUUCCCGGGACUGCCAGCCCGAUGACGGAAGAUACCACGUUCUGGAUCGCUUCAUGCACAAAGCUUUUGACCACCAUAGCGGCGAUGCAGUGUGUCGAGCAGGGAAAACUGAGCCUCAAUGAUGAUCUCUCCUUAUUCUUCGAAGAAUGGAAGUCACCAGACAUUUUGACAGGGUGGAAUCAAGAUACAGGAGAACCAGAAUUCAGAAAGGCGACGAAGAAGAUCACUUUGCGCCAUUUACUGACACAUUCUAGUGGCAUGGGGUAUGAUUUCCUUUCACCGGACCUUCUGAAGUGGCGACAAUGGCGUGACGGCACAGUCCGGCCAGGGAACGGCGAAAUUCGGAAACAAUACCUUAUGCCUCUUUUGUUCGAGCCAGGAGAUGGCUGGAGCUAUAGCUGCGGCAUCGACUGGGCCGGCAAAAUGGUCGAGCGAGUGAACGGUGACAUGCCGCUUGGACAAUAUAUGAAGAAGAAUAUUUGGGAUCCUUUGGGAAUGGGGUCCACGAGUUUCCGUCUCGGAGAGAACGAGAGGGUACGCAGUCGACUUUGUGCCACAACCGCCAGAACAACAGAAGGAGACCUUGUACCAGCUGACCCAUAUCCCAAUCCGAAUCCAAAAGAUGACCUCGGUGGUGGGGGGAUGUAUUCGUCAGCCGAAGACUAUAUCAAGGUGCUCAUAUCCUUACUCAAAAAUGACGGCAUUCUCCUCAAAUCGGAGACCGUCGAUAUGAUGUUUACACCACAGCUGCCUGAUGAAGCCAGCUUGGUUGCAGCAGUCACCGAACCAGCGGCAGGCCCCAUGUUCCGGGGAGGGGUUGACAGCACGGCAUGGAACUUCGGGCUGGGCGGCAUUCUGAACAUGGAAGACGUGGACAGUGUUUGCAAGAAAGGAACAAUGUCUUGGAGCGGCCUUCCAAAUCUUUUCUGGUGGAUCGAUCGCACCGCGGGCAAUUGCGGCAUAUAUGCGUCCCAAAUAAUCCCUCCAGGGGAUUUAGAAUCAAUCAAUCUUUCGGUCGCAUUUCGCAGAGAGAUCUUCGCUCGCGAUAGUGCUUAA